AUGGACCAUGUUGGUAUUUCAGGUAAUUUAGGUUCUGGUAAACUUGGUAUUUCUGGUUUAGAUGGUAAUGUAGGUUUUGGUAAAGUUGGUAUUUCCGGCUUUGGCGGUAGUGUAGGUUUAGGUAAAGUUGGCACCUCUAAUUUUGGUGGAAAAGUAGGUUUAGGCAAAGGCGGUAAUUCUGGUUUUAGCGGUAAUGUAGGUUUAGGUAAAGUUGGCACUUCUAAUUUUGGAGGAAGAGUAGGUUUUGGUAAGUUUGGUUGCUCUGGUUUCUGUAAAGUUGGUUCUUCUGGCUCAGAUGUCUUCACAGGCUUUGGAAAAAUUGGCUCCUCUGCUUUUGGUGGCAGUUGUGGCUUUGGCAAAGUUGGCUCAUUUGGUUUUGAUGGAAAUGUAAUUGGCUCUUCUGCCUUUGGUGGAAGUGUGGGUUUUGGUAAAGUUGGUUCUUCUGGUUUUUGUGGAAGUGUAGGUUUUGGUAAACUCGGCUCCUCUAGCUUUGGUGGUGAUGUUGGUUCUUCUGAUUUUGGCAGAAUUGGCUUUUCUGGUUUUGGUGGUAACGUAGGCUUAUUCAAAGUCGAUUCCUCUGAUUUUUGUGGUACUACAGGUUUCGGGGAAACUGGCUCCUCCAAUUUUGGUGGUAAUACAGGCUUAGGUAGUGUUGGAAACUCUGGUGUUGAUGGCAAUUUAGGUUUUGGCAAUGUUGGCACCUCUACUUUUGGAAGCUCUGGUACUGGUGGCAACUUAGGUUUCGGCAAAGUUGGCACUUCUAGUUUUGGAACCUCUGGUACUAGUGGCAAUUCAGGUUUGGGCAAGAUUGGCAUCUCUGGUUUUGGAAGUUUAGGCAACUUAGGUUUGGGCAAAGUUGGUACCUCAAGUUUUGGUAAUGUAGGUUUUGGUAAAGUUGGAAGCUCUGGUAAUGGCUGUAACCUAGGUUUUGGCAAAGUUGGUAUUUCCAGUUUUGGUAAAUUAGGCUUUGGUAGAGUUGGAACUUUUGGUAAUGGAGGCAAAUUAGGUUUGGGAAAACUUGGUAUAUUUGAUAAUUUUGGAACCGAAUCUUCCAAAAGCCGUCGAGCAGCAAAACAAGCAAUGUUGUUCGCAAAGAAGAUGAAGACAAAUAGAAGGAGGAAUGAAGUAGAGGUUUUGGAAGCCAUUGAUGCAAUGGAAGCAAGUAUGUAUGAUGAUGGAAGGGAAGAACUCAUGCUUUGCUAUUUAUAG